GUAGCUUUGCUUUCCUUAGCUAUUGUAAGUUGUUGCUCCUCUCUGUACCUCUGUCUUUGCAUUUUUCUCUCUCCUCUUCUGUGGAGGAAACGGAACCAAGACAAAAACCAAACGAAUACACUUCUCUACAGUUGCCAUUUUCUUGCUUUCCUAGUUGAAGUAACCAUGGCUCUCAAGCUCAAUCCUUUCCUUUCUCAAUCCCACAAGUUGCCUUCUUUCGCUCUCCCACCAAUGGCCAGCCUCAGAUCUCCCAAGUUCUACAUGGCCUCUACCCUCAAGUCUGGCUCCAAGGAGCUUGAGAAUCUCAAGAAGCCAUUUAUGCCUCCUCGUGAGGUGCAUGUUCAGGUUACCCAUUCUAUGCCUCCCCAAAAGAUUGAGAUCUUUAAAUCUCUGGAGAAUUGGGCAGAGGAGAACAUCCUGAUUCAUCUGAAGCCAGUUGAGAAGUGUUGGCAACCACAGGAUUUUUUGCCAGAUCCUGCCUCUGAUGGAUUUCAUGAACAAGUCAAGGAACUUAGGGAGAGAGCGAAGGAGAUUCCAGAUGAUUACUUUGUUGUUUUGGUUGGAGACAUGAUCACUGAAGAAGCUCUUCCCACUUAUCAAACCAUGCUGAAUACCUUAGAUGGAGUUCGGGAUGAAACCGGUGCAAGCCCUACUUCUUGGGCAAUUUGGACAAGGGCAUGGACUGCUGAAGAGAAUAGACAUGGUGACCUCCUCAAUAAGUAUCUCUACCUGUCUGGACGAGUGGACAUGAGGCAAAUUGAAAAGACAAUUCAAUAUUUGAUUGGUUCCGGAAUGGAUCCACGGACAGAAAACAGUCCAUACCUUGGAUUCAUCUACACGUCGUUCCAAGAAAGGGCAACCUUCAUUUCCCAUGGCAACACUGCCAGACUUGCCAAAGAACAUGGAGACAUAAAAUUGGCUCAAAUAUGCGGUACAAUUGCCUCAGAUGAGAAGCGCCAUGAGACAGCAUACACAAAGAUAGUGGAAAAGCUCUUUGAGAUUGAUCCUGAUGGAACUGUUAUGGCUUUUGCUGACAUGAUGAGAAAGAAAAUUUCUAUGCCUGCACACUUGAUGUAUGAUGGCCGUGAUGACAAUCUUUUUGACCACUUUUCAGCUGUUGCACAGCGGCUUGGGGUCUACACUGCAAAGGACUAUGCAGAUAUAUUGGAGUUCUUGGUGGGCAGAUGGAAGGUGGAUAAGCUAACAGGACUAUCAUCUGAGGGACAAAAGGCUCAAGAUUACGUUUGCAGGUUACCUCCAAGAAUUAGAAGGCUGGAAGAGAGAGCUCAAGGAAGGGCCAAGGAAGCAACCACAAUUCCAUUCAGUUGGAUUUUCGAUAGAGAAGUGAAGUUAUAAGUGCAGAAUGGAAUACAAAUGGUUUGUGGACGCUUUUUCAUAGACCUCAUAUCAGAGUCAGAUGUAGAGGUAGAAUUUUAGUUGCAUUUUGUUUACAAAUCCAGUUUAGUUCAACUUCUGUGGAAGGAGAGUUUGAUGGGGAAUGAAUUUGUAAGUUGUAGAUGCAGUUGUUUCUUAUGUGUUGUCAUGAGUAUGGUGAUAGGGGGCAGCUGUAGUUUUGAUAUUUGUGUUUCUUUUGCAUGGUUUCUUGUACUAGUUUGUUUUUGUCCCAAGUGUCUCGAGUAUAAGCACACAAUCCUUGUGGAAGUUUUGAUGAUGAUGAUGAUGAUGAUGAUGAUGAACACAAUCUUCAUACCUCAUCUUGAUAACCUUUUUUGGUCUUCCAUGGGAAACACAAUUUGCUCAUUGGCAUUCCAUUGACUGAACUUUCCAGAGUAAAAAAUUUCACCAUUUUGAACACA